UGAUCACGUGACAUCACGGGGUUGGCCACCAUGUAAAAAUACAGUUUGUACACUCUCAUUAGUAAAGUACGUGCUGCCAUCGAACAGGGGAAUUUACAUAUUUUUAACUUAAAAAACCUUUGACGUGUGUUGACACUGGAAAGAAGCAGAAACGAUUGACUGACCAGUGUAAGGUGUGCUCGCCAGGAUGUGAGCGGCUGCAAUAUCUCGUCUUUCAGUACCCAUCGGUCAUUUCUUGUUUAGUUGAGGACGGUAACAGCAUUCAGAGGUCAACCAAUCCCCUCUGCCACCAAGUAAACACUGUGUUACACCUUUGUAGGUGAAAACAGAUAGACCAGACAUCACAUUUGCUGAAGGGGAAAGCCAGCAGCACACUCAACAUGGCUGACUCAGUGCCCACGCUGUCUCAGCUCGUCGUCACAAUUCGCUCGGCUGAGCUUCGUGACACCACCAACAGUUUCUUCAGCAAAGGGGACCCCUACGUGGAGAUGACGGUGGAUGGUCAACCGCCGCGUAAGACAGAGGUGGUCAAGAAGACGUGGAACCCAUCCUGGGAAGAACAUUUCACCGUACUGGUGAAGCCCAAUACAAAGCUGGAAUUCAAAGUAUUCAACCAUUUUUCAAUCAAGAGCGACGUUGCCCUGGGCUCGUCCAAGCUGGAGCUUCUGCCUCUCCUUUCCAAAAAUAAUGGACAGUUUGACAGCUUGAAGCACACCGUUGACCUGCAACCCACGGCCAAGAGCAACUCCCAGAGGAAAGGCAAACUGCACCUGGUCCUGGACGGCCUGAAAUUCAGCGCCGACACGAUGGCCCGACUAGGAAGCCCCAUACAGAACGGACUGCCACCCAGCCAGCCCAAUGGAGACAUCCCACCUGCUCAAAACGGCCCCUCAAACAGCAGCAGCAGCACCCGGAGGCUGAGUGCCGGUCGCCCCUCGGCAGGCCACAUCGCAUCCCAGGCUGCUGCAGUGGCCGUGGCUUCCUCUGCCAGCUCAGGUAACAUCUCAGGGACUUCAGCAAACAGCGCCGCCCCUCAGCCUGCUGCAGCAGCUACGUCAGCUGCAGCCACAGAAACUGGCUCGUCAGCAGCUUCACCAGCAACAGCAGCAGCAGCAGCAACACAGGCGGUUAGGCGGAGGCCACCUCCUCCACCGCCGGCAGCAAGAGCCCCUGGCAGGCCGGCCCAGCCACCUCCUGGGCGGGGAUCGCCAGCCACCGCUACCAACAGCACAGCACCACCACCACCAGCAGCAGGAGUCCGUGGCCCACCCCCUGGUAAUCCACCACCCCCGAUUGCUCCUCCCCCUGGACUCCCACCAGCCGGGGCAGCGCACAGUGACAUCAACAGCCAGCCACUCCCUGCAGGUUGGGAGGUGAGGUUGGACCAGCACAGCCGGCCAUAUUACGUGGACCACAACACACAGACGACGACCUGGGAGAGACCACAGCCUCUCCCACAGGGAUGGGAGAGGAGGAGGGAUCCUCAGGGUAGGAUCUACUACGUGGAUCACAACACCCGCACCACCACCUGGCAACGCCCCACGGUGGACUCCCUACGUACAUUCCAACAGUGGCAACGACAGCACAACCACCUGCAGAACACCACUAUGCAACAACUGCAACAGAGGCUAUACCUACCGUCUGGAAGUGGUGUGGAGGCCAACGACCCUCUAGGCCCUCUACCUACUGGAUGGGAGAAACGAACCGACCAGCACAACCGAACCUAUUUUGUGAAUCACGAAAACAAAACCACGCAGUGGGAAGAUCCACGGACGCAAGGUGCCAGCAUGCAGGAGGACCCCUUACCCGACAACUGGGAGAUCCGCUACACAAAAGAAGGCGUCAGGUACUUCGUAGAUCACAAUACCAAGACCACGACGUUCAACGACCCACGACCCAACGCUGCCAAAGGACCCAAGGGUGCCUACGGUGUGCCGGUGGCCUAUGAGCGCAGCUUCCGAUGGAAACUGGGCCAGUUCCGCUAUCUGUGUCAAAUCAACGCCUUGCCAAGCCACGUCAAGAUCAACGUCUCCAGGACCACGCUCUUUGAAGACUCGUUCCAUCAAAUAAUGAGGCAUCAAGCUUUUGAUCUGCGGAGGCGGCUGUUCAUCAUAUUCAGAGGAGAGGAGGGUCUAGACUAUGGUGGUGUUGCAAGGGAAUGGUUCUUCAUGUUAUCUCACGAGGUUCUCAACCCCAUGUACUGCCUCUUUGAGUAUGCCAACAAGAGCAACUACUCGCUGCAGAUCAACCCCGCCUCCUCGGUCAACCCUGACCAUCUCUCCUACUUCCGAUUCGUCGGAAGGUUCAUUGCAAUGGCGCUUUACCACGGCAAAUUCAUCUACAGCGGUUUCACAAUGCCGUUCUACAAGCGCAUGCUCAACAAACAACUGACACUGAAGGACCUUGAAAGUAUCGACCCUGAGUUCUAUAAAUCUCUAUGCUGGCUCAAGGAUAAUGAGAUCGAUGAGUGUGAUCUAGGCAUCACCUUCAAUGCCGACUUUGAGAUUCUCGGCAAGCUGGAGACGGUGGAACUCAAGGAGGGUGGGGGCGACAUCGUGGUGUGCGACGAGAACAAAGAAGAAUACAUCAAUUUGAUGACAGAGUGGCGUUUCACCCGCGGCAUCGCGGAGCAGACCAAAUCGUUCCUGGAUGGCUUCAACGAGGUGGUACCCCUGCAGUGGCUGCAGUACUUUGACGAGAGGGAGCUGGAGCUGAUGCUGUGUGGCAUGCAGGAGUUUGACGUGGAAGACUGGUACCGGAGCACCAUCUAUCGCCACUACACGCGGGAGAGCAAACAGGUCCAGUGGUUCUGGCGCGCCGUGCGGGAGAUGGACAACGAAAAGCGGGCCCGCCUGCUGCAGUUUGUCACAGGAACGUGUCGCUUGCCAGUCGGCGGCUUCGCCGAACUCAUGGGGAGUAACGGUCCACAGAAGUUCUGUCUGGAGAAGGUUGGCAAGGAGACCUGGCUUCCCCGCAGCCACACAUGCUUCAACCGGUUGGAUCUACCACCGUAUAAGAGUUACGAACAACUCCUGGAGAAGCUGCAAUUCGCCAUCGAAGAAACAGAAGGAUUUGGCCAAGAAUAAGUAACCUCCCACUCCACACCCCCUCUCACCCCGCCCCCAUCGAGGCACUGUUGUGAUUGGUCCAAAGGGCCAUUAAUAUUCAUCAUUAUUGUAAUAAUCGCAUUGGCAUUGGCUACCCACUGACAGUCAUGUGAUCGUUUUUCUUUCCGUUAAGAUUUUAUAUUUCUCGUCAUCUUCAUUUUUCCUUCAGAUUUUUUUGUUUCCAAGUUAGAAAAAGUCGCAAAAUUUUCUGCAUUAAUUCUGUCCGGUGGUACCUUUAUUGUAGGUAAUUUGUGAGCAGCUUACCUGUAGGUUAGGUUACUGUCACAUCAAGGUAUAGGCCAAUCAGUUUUGUUUUUACAAAUAGAUCUCUGAACCUCCUGCUUUGAGCACGGUCCAAAUUCAUGUCGCUGCUAAGCACUCCGUUUUCUGCUUACUGAAGCUUUCAGUGAGACUGCAGGCAGUAAGCUUGGGAGAGACCGUGCGUAACUUCAGAGGGUCAAUAUAUGCUUACAUUGAUACCCUUUUUUUUAGAAAUGUUUAAAAUUUUACUGCACGGUUCGCAAGUGCACAGUUCAAGAACUUCACUUGACUUGUUUGCAACUGAACAUGUUGGAACUCGUAGUGUCUGUAAAUGAGAGGGAACGCACACGAGCGUAGGCACUCUGUGAACAAUUUUGCUUUAGAGUGUCCUUAACGGCCCGUCUCAAUUCAUAUCCGGGAUGAGUUUUGGACAAGUUGCGGGUAGAAUCAUUCACUUUGUCCAACAGAUUCUCUUGUCU